UCCUCUUCACAUAUCCACAACACAACAAUCACAAAACAUAUAUAUAUAUCCUUAAAGCUGAUCCCAUCUCUCUCCCUGCAAUGGACCACGAGGAGAUUCCAUCAAUGCCCUCAACGCCGGCGACAACACCGGGAACUCCAGGAGCACCGCUCUUUGGAGGUUUCGAUGGGAAGAGGAGUGGACAUAAUGGUAGAUACACACCAAAGUCACUUCUGAAAAGCUGCAAAUGUUUCAGUGUUGACAAUGAGUGGGCUCUUGAAGAUGGAAGACUCCCUCCAGUCUCUUGCGCUCUACCUCCUCCUAACGUCUCCCUCUACCGUAAGUUGGGAGCAGAGUUUGUUGGGACACUGAUACUGAUAUUCGCCGGAACAGCCACGGCGAUUGUGAAUCAGAAGACAGAUGGAGCUGUGACGCUUAUCGGAUGUGCUGCCUCGGCAGGUCUGGCAGUUAUGAUCGUUAUAUUGUCCACCGGCCACAUCUCCGGGGCACAUCUCAAUCCGGCUGUCACCAUUUCAUUUGCUGCUCUUAAACACUUCCCAUGGAAACACGUGCCGGUCUAUAUAGGAGCGCAGGUACUGGCCUCGGUGUGUGCGGCGUUUGCACUGAAAGCAGUGUUUGAACCAACGAUGAGCGUUGGCGUGACGGUGCCAACCGUGGCUCUCAGCCAAGCUUUCGCUUUGGAGUUCAUUAUCAGCUUCAACCUUAUGUUUGUUGUCACUGCUGUCGCCACCGACACUAGAGCUGUGGGAGAGUUGGCGGGAAUAGCGGUAGGAGCAACGGUCAUGCUUAACAUACUCAUAGCUGGACCUGCAACUUCUGCUUCGAUGAACCCUGUAAGAACACUAGGUCCAGCCAUUGCAGCUAACAAUUACAGAGCCAUUUGGGUUUACCUUACUGCACCAAUUCUUGGAGCGUUAAUAGGAGCAGGAACGUACACGGUCGUGAAGCUCCCAGAGGAAGACGAAGAACACAAAGAAAAGAGGAGCUUCAGAAGAUGAUGGAUGAUAAAAAAAAACUUUCAAAUACAUUCACUAUGUUGCUCUGUUUCUGUCACAUAUGUUUAUAAUAUAACCUCUUAAGCCAA